AUGCAGCUCAUCUCUGCGCUCACUGCCCUAGCCGGCCUUCAGUUCGCCGUCGCCUUCCCUUCUUCGAUCCUCAACGGCAUGAGCGGCAAGCACCUUGUUGCCCGCAAUGUUACAUCUGGUUCCAUGCUCUGCACCGACAAGAUCCAGAAAGGAAACUGCGAGACCCUUAUGGUGGAUUACGUCGCAAACCCCGGCUCCUGCAUUGCCCUCGACGCAUGGCUCACAAAAGAUGGAGUCUCCUCCAUUUAUCCUCAAAAUAAUUCUUUCUGCACUUAUUACGCGACCAACAACUGCGUCGACCAAACCACGGACCUCUGCGGUCACUACGACGCUACCUCCGCCAUCGAGGACUUGAGCAAGGUGACUCCGACUCCGCAAACCGGAAAGACUUGCCGUGAUUGUAAUUUCUGGAUACAGGGCUCUAUGCUGUGCACGGAAGUCAACUAUCUUGGAUAUUGCCAGGAGUUUGCCCAGAAGAUUCCCGUGAUCUUGUACGAGGGCGAGACCAGUGAUCAUUGUGAAACCCUCGACGAACGUCUCAGCGGGAACGUCUCCUCUGUUAUGCCUCUCGGGCGCAAUCGUUGCUGUUACUAUGAUACCGUAGACUGCUCCUACCGGAACAAGGGCUGCGGAUACGCCACCGUCUACAGCCAUCAUCCCAAGAACGACUUGAGGAACUUGGCCCCGGCCGGGUACGAGGCCAAGUAUUAG